ACGCACAAAAGAAAAGAGGGCUCCUCUUCUUUCUUGUUCUUGUCUUCUUCAAGCUCUCUCUUCUUUCUUCUCUGACUCAUCAUCAUAUCAUAAUAACCCAAAACUUUGAAGAGAAUCAAAGAGAAACUUCAAGGUCUGCAUUUUGUACUCUCUCGAUCUCAAUCUCAAUCUCUGAGGUCCUCUUGAUUUCUCUUUUAUCUCUGGUCGAGACAUUUGAGCUACUUUUUUCUUGUUAUUAUCGUCACGUUGUGUGUCGCCUAGUGUAUAUACAGAGUCGUCUCGGAUUUGAUUGAUUUGUGUGAAUAAAAGCGUAGAGUUCGGUGGAAGUUGUUCGGAUCAGAAGCCGAUCGCGGAGUCGUUUGGUUUGAUUACGUCGCAUUUUUUUUUUCCAAAAUUCGAUAUCAGAGGACUUGAUAGAUUUGCAUCUGGUUUUUGAAGUGAUCAUCGAUUGUAGAAAACGAAUCGACUCUUCGAGUGAGGUUGAGACCAUAAAAGAGAUGCCUUUGAAUUUAGGCAACGAUGGCGAUGGUUCGUCCCGGAUUAUCUUGACUGAGCCUCGCGGUUCAACUGCUGAGGUGCUUCUAUUUGGAGGACAAGUCAUUUCUUGGAAAAAUGAAAGGAGGGAAGAACUGCUUUACAUGAGCAGCAAGGCUCAGUAUAAGCCACCCAAGGCGAUCAGAGGAGGAAUACCUGUUUGCUUUCCACAGUUUGGAAACUUUGGUGGACUUGAGCGACAUGGAUUUGUCCGGAACAGAUUGUGGUCUUAUGAUGAAGAUCCUUCGCCUCUGUCUCCUGCUAACAAACAAUCAUCAGUUGAUCUGAUAUUGAAGUCCACAGAAGAUGACCUGAAGACCUGGCCUCACAGUUUUGAACUCCGUAUUCGCAUCACUAUCAGCCCUGGGAAGCUUACUUUGAUCCCUCGUGUGAGGGACAUUGACUCAAAGGCAUUCUCCUUUAUGUUUACACUGCGAAACUACUUGUAUGUAUCUGACAUAAGUGAAGUACGAGUUGAGGGUUUGGAGACACUGGAUUAUCUAGACAACUUGAUGAACAAAGAAAGAUUCACGGAGCAAGCAGACGCGAUUACCUUUGACGGCGAGGUCGAUAGAGUGUACUUGAACACACCAACGAAGAUUGCGGUCAUAGAUCAUGAACGAAAGAGGACAAUCGAGUUGCGAAAGGAAGGCAUGCCCAAUGCAGUUGUGUGGAACCCUUGGGACAAGAAGGCAAAGACCAUAGCUGAUAUGGGAGAUGAAGAUUACAAAACAAUGCUUUGUGUAGAUUCUGGAGCAAUUGAGCCGCAGGUAUUGUUAAAGCCUCGUGAAGAGUGGAAAGGGAGACAAGAACUAUCAAUCGUGUCAUCCAGUUACUGCAGCGGACAGCUUGAUCCACGCAAGGUUCUUUACGGCGAUAACUGAUCCUUAUGGGAUUUCUUUUUUUUGCUUACUUAGUGAAGACAGAAAAAAAAAACAAGAAUAAUAAUAAGCCCUAUGAUCUCAUUAUAUCACACACACAGUAGCCAGAAACAAGUCUCCAAAGAUUCAGGACUUGUCUUGGAACCUUGGAGAUUUUUUAUCCUUUCUGGAUUGGUGUUGGUGUUGUUGUUGUUUACAGAGAGGAGAGGAGAGGUCACGGUCAUAUUUUGUAACGUUGACUCUGUGUUUUGACCAUCAAACAAUGUAUCGGUUUCUUUGAUUCGUGAAAUUAGAAUAUCCCUAUAUAAAUAA